AUGGGCCAAUCGCGCUUGUCUCUGCACAGCACCACCGCGGCGACAGCGGCGAACGACGAGCUCACCGCGACGCAGAGUUCCGGUAUCGGUGUCGAUAUUUGGCCAGAGGUGACGCCGGAAGAGGCCAGCAAAAGAGCGGGGCACGGUAGAAAGAGUGUGACGGUGUCGCACGAUCAGCUACUCUACCUGCAAGCCCUUUACCCGUACGCCGGGUAUGAUGAGCUCAUGACUGUCAUUAACAACACCGAUGGCGCCGACGAAGCAGCAACACGUGCCUACGAAGCACUGAACCCCGACUACAGCGGCUUCACGUACCUCAAAGAGCAGCACGACCUUCUCACCAACCCAAAGCGACCCAGCGCCCAGCGCGCGACGGCGUUUGCAGGCUUGAGAGAGUCGCUGCAGGAACGAGCCGCAGAUGCCUUUCGUCCUGGGCACUUUGGCAAUCUCUCACAGCUGCAGGAGUACGAAGAGACGGUGGGACUCUUCAUUGUGGACACAUCCGACUGGGACCGCGCGACGUUGCUGCCCUCACGCGACUUGGCGGAGGUGGCCUUCAUGGACCUUCCUCUACGCGAGGAGCCUACCACUUACGGGGCAGCUACAGCCACAAUCGACGGCAGCAGGGGCAGUGGCAGUGAGCGGAGACGAGAGGGCCAGUCGCGGUCGCGCAUCUCGCUCGCGAUGUCUAACAGUGCAUCCGACUUCAAAGACCUGCAGCCGAACAGCAUGCUGCAUGCUGUCAACAACGCUGCACCCCUGUCACAGUCGCUAGGAAAGACCGGCAAAUCCUCUCAUGAGCAGGCGCGUGGUGCUGCCGAUGAGCGCUCAACAGGUGAACGCAAUGGCGGCGGUGAGGAUAACGCCACCGCCAGCGUUGUCUAUCAGCAGGACAGCGACCCACCACGUGCAGCCCCAAUUAUAGCGUGGGCACCUCAGGCCAUUCGUGUGGGGCCGGCUGAGGCACGACAGGAGCGCGAAAUGUCUCUGCGCGUCUUCGACGAGGCGUCCUUUUUUAAGGACCCGCUGCUACGGGUGGCGGUGCAGUCAUUGCCUCUAAAUGGGGCCCAGGGGCAUCUGGAUGUGUCUCCGUUAAAUGGCGCCGUGACAGCGCCAUCUGUGGAGGAAGAUGAAGUCCACGAACCUGCUUUGAGUGCUCUGGCUAAUGGUCAGACACGCGACAAGGCUGCUUUGUCCUCCCCGCGGAGAAGCUUUUCACUUUCCGUGGAGGAAGGGAACGAGACCCACGAGCCGGCUGAGCCGAGGGGCACCUCAGUGCCCAACCCUGGCAGUGACGGCAUCAGGGAAGGCAAGAACAACGAGCAGCUUUUCAGCGUGGAGGUGCCACCCACAUCGCACUCUCACUCCCGCACACAUACCAACUUGCCUGCAGCUUGUGUAAGGACGCGACUUGGCGCGAGCGCGAGGACGGCCGACGGCACCACCAACGGAACGCGACGGUUCUCCGGUGACUGCGGCGACGCGUCCUCCUCCGAUGCGCUUCACGCGCAGCACAGCAUGCGAAAUGCGGCCCGCGAGGCGCUCAAUAGGCGCAAGCCGCACCCUCUCACAACUUCGGAGAAAGUGAGGGAGCGCUUGCGCAGCCUGUCACCAGUAGGCAACUUGAUCUUUCGCGAAACUUCCCUGCAGACGCCUGCGUUGUUACUGCAACAUGAGAAGGGCCUCAACAGACCUUCUAGCGUAACACGCUCGUCCGAGCUUGCACCCACACGAGCCGCUGACGGCGAGGAGGCAAGUGCACCCUCCAUCAUCACCCUGGACACUCAGCGGCAGCGGGCAGCGUACGGCGGCUGGGCGAAUAUGUCAGUCAAUGGCGGCAACAGAGCUGAUAGGGAUGUGGACGAGCUGCACACCGAGCGACAAUCUAACAUGAGAACAGCAGGCAUUCCUGCUGCGCACAGUGGGUGCUCGAGCCUCGACCCGGCAGCCUUCCUGAACGCCGAGGAGGAGCGCUGGGACACCAUUGUGACGAUGCUGGCUCCUUACGAGAAGGUAUUCGGCUCCAAGUCGCGCUGCGAGCUUGUGCGCUGCAUCCAUGACGAGUGCCCCAAUCUGCAUAACAAGACCACAAUCAUUCUACAGCGACUGCUGCACGUGGUUGGGAAGGCGCUGCGUGGCAAACAGGUGUUGGAGGGCAUGACAGAGGAGCCGCUGGAGGUGCCCUUGCUCGGUCCGAUUCUGCUCUCCACCUCUCCUCUCAAGCUGACUGAGCUCAGCUUUCGGGAGGACAAGUGCUCCAUAGAGUUUUGCGAGGAAGGGACACGAAUGAAGGCGAAGCUUAACAUAAAGGCGGUGGCGCUCGAUGCGAUUCAGUUUGCGUACAUUGGCGAGGCCAACGCCGCCCGGCAAGCACGCAUAGCCCGGCAAUCACAGCGUCAAAAAUCAAUGCCCGGCUCACGGGUGGCGGCGUGGACGCUGCGUGGCAGGGAGGAGGAGCUGUACACCAAGGGCGUUACACGCGGCGUCGCCACGAUCAAAGCCACCAACAUCCGUCUGAAGGGCAAGAUGUACAUGUGGCUGAUGGCCUCUGGCAACAUGCACAUUGCUUUCGAAAAGCUGACCGUCUCUGUGGGCUCCUUUCGGUUGACCACAACCGUGACGAAGCUAAACGUCUUCUGCACCCUCGGUGCACCGAUUUUGCGGCUACUGGUUCAGCGUGGGAUGGAAGAGAUGCUACAAGGUUUACACAGCCUGUGA